UGUUUAUCAGAAGAAAAAGAGGAAUUGUUUAUUCGCAUAGGGUUCAAAAGCUCAUCGUUGUGUUUGGCUUGGACUUCGGACAACCUUCUACUAUUGGUGAUUUAAGAACAAGCAGCAUCCAACAAUGCUUCUGGACAAGAAUGCCAUUCAGGAAACCCAUUAUGAGGUUCUCAAUGUCAAGGAAGAUGCAAGUUAUGAAGAAAUUUGUGCUAGUUACCGUAAUGUUGUACUCAGUUUAAAUCCUGAUAAACUAUUGAAGACAUCCGAAACAUCAUCCAGCAGUAAUCAAACAACUGGAGAGAUGUUUCUUAAAGUACAAAAGGCAUGGGAAGUUCUAAGCAAUUCAAGCUCUCGUUUGUUUUAUGAUAAUGAGCUGCGAAGUUCGAGGCGGGAUGUAUUGGCUGCUGAAGUUGCAGAAGAUGUAAGCUUGCAGGAUAUGAUAGCUGAAGAUGCUGGAGAUGCACUGGAACUGUUUUAUCAGUGCCGAUGUGGUGAUUACUUCUCUGUAGACUCAUUGGAAUUGCAGAAAAUGGGAUAUUCUUUGUUGAAGGAAGGAAGUAGGCUAUCUAUACUCAGCAUUGAUACUUUAUCAGGAUCAGUGAUUCUUCCCUGCGGUUCUUGUUCGUUAAAAGCUCGUCUGGUAAUCAGUAUUGAUGACAAUUGAAAUUAUUAAC